AUGCCAGCACCAAUCGACCCAGAGACAAUUUACACUAAGCAGACCUGCAUUGGCGGGGGAAGUUUCGGCAGGGUCUACAAAGGUGUAGAUAGACGGACUGGAGAAUCAGUCGCCAUCAAAAUCAUCGACGUUGAAAAUGCCGAGGAUGAAGUCGACGACAUAAUCAAGGAGAUUGCGAUCUUGUCGGAACUGAAAUCCCCCUAUGUCACGAAGUACCACGGCUCGUACUUGAAGGGUUCGCACCUGUGGAUUAUCAUGGAGUUUUGCUCGGGUGGGAGCUGUCAUGGUUUGCUGCGUCCCGGAGUAAUCCACGAAGAGUACAUUGCCAUCAUCUUGCGGGAACUUCUGCGCGGCCUGGAAUACCUCCAUGGGGACCAGAAGCUGCAUCGUGAUAUCAAAGCGGCGAACAUCCUUUUGAGCGCCAGCGGUCAGGUCAAGUUGGCGGAUUUCGGAGUAUCUGGACAGCUAUCAGCGACAAUGACCAAGAAGAACACCUUUGUCGGCACCCCAUUCUGGAUGGCUCCCGAGGUUAUCAAGCAGUCAGGCUAUGAUUACAAGGCGGACAUCUGGUCCCUGGGAAUCACCGCAAUCGAACUAGCUUGUGGAGACCCUCCAUAUGCCGAUAUACACCCGAUGAAGGUGUUAUUUUUGAUCCCGAAGAACCCACCUCCUCAGCUGGUCGGUAACUUCAGUAAGCCAUUCAAACAACUUGUGGAGCUAUGUUUGCGGCGAGACCCAAAGGAACGUCCGUCAGCUAAGGAGCUGCUGGAACACCCGUUCAUCAAACGUGCCAAGAGGACGACAUACCUGACGGAGUUGAUUGAACGCUCGGAGCGUUGGCAGGCAACUCAUCAAGGGCAGGGGGAUGAUGACCAGGACUAUGACGAGUGGGAAGUCAACCAGGAAGCAAACCCGAAGCCUGAAGAUGAAGACCUGUGGGACUUUGGCACCGUUCGCCCUGCUGGUGGUCGAGCUCCAGCCCCGCCUCUGCGACCAUUGAAAGACUCUGAUACGAAUUCACGAAGUAAUGAAGCAGAUGACUGGGAUCUGUGUGGUGAUGACACGCCCAAGAAAGCCCCAGCAAACAGCAACCAGCCAACAAGCAUGGACGACUCCGGCCUCAAUCUCUCACCAUCUAAAACCCCUCUGCCUCCCUCGGCUCCAUCCUCGCCUACGAAGAAGCCUUCUACGCAGGCCUUGCUAAACCCUCUCUACACUUCACCCACAACAACCAGUGCAGUCUCCGAGCAAAUCCGCACACCAAGUGGUCAAAUAACCAGAAAGCCAGCACCUCUCCCCCAACCCGCCUCUCACACUGCACUCUCAAAACAACCUGAGGCACCAUCAUCCCCUAAACCAGCAACAGGCCUCAAAUCCAAACGCGCCGCCGCCCCAGUCCUCGAAGAGACGUGCACACCCAACGUGGCGGGGAAGUCUUCCUUUGAAACAGACCGCGCAACUGCCUGCGGAACCGUGAUCCUUCCCGCUCUCCGCGCAGCCAUGAACCGUCGCAGCCGCAACCUGGCACGUCUCGAUCCCGGCCGCAAUGCUGCUAGUAGCGGCAAGCCCGCCACCGAGGACGAGAAGAAGCAGUGGGAGCGGAGUGUCCGUGUCCACCGCGGAAUGGAGCAAGUGGCUGAUGAGAUUGCGCGGUCCUUCUCAAAUCUUCAUCGCUGGGAUUCCGAGAUUCCCGUCGAUAUGGGCGGUGGUGUCGAUGCUGUCCUUGAUGCGUUCUUGGAAGAGGUCCUGGUGAGGCUUCAACCUGCUUCUUCUUCGUCUCACUCUUCAUGA